CUGAUGCAGCAGCAGACGACGGUUCUCUCCACCUCCCACGGCAGCUACGUGAGCCCGGGUGUUGCCUUUUCCCCUUGCCACAUCCAGCAGAUCGGUGCCGUCAGUCUCAACGGGCUGCCAGCAGCUCCUGUUGCACCAGCGUCAGGGCUGCAUUCACCACCUCUCCUGGGACCAGCAGCCAUGCCGGGACUGGUGGCACCCAUUUCAAAUGGAUUCACUGGAGUGGUACCAUUCCCAAAUGGGCAUCCAGCCUUGGAAACAGUUUACACCAAUGGCCUUGUGCCAUACUCAGCCCAGGGCCCUUCAGUAGCAGAGUCUUUGCACCCAGCCUACACAGGAGUUCAGCAGUAUGCAGCUGUGUAUCCAACUACCACCAUCACCCCCAUUGCUCAGAGCAUCCCUCAGCCACCUCCCAUCCUGCAGCAGCAGCAGCGAGAAGGUCCUGAAGGCUGCAAUCUCUUCAUCUACCAUCUCCCUCAGGAGUUUGGAGACAAUGAGUUGAUGCAGAUGUUCCUGCCCUUUGGCAACAUCAUUUCCUCCAAGGUAUUCAUGGAUCGUGCCACCAACCAGAGCAAGUGUUUUGGUUUUGUAAGCUUUGACAACCCAUCCAGUGCACAGACUGCUAUCCAGGCCAUGAAUGGCUUCCAGAUUGGCAUGAAGCGUUUGAAGGUCCAGUUAAAACGACCUAAGGAUGCUAAUCAUCCCUACUGA